AUGUCCGACCCCUACACCCAGCACCCAUCGUCCUACCCUCCCGCAUCCACCAACUCAUCCUACUACUCCCCCCCGGACGGAGCCGUCUACCAACAGCCACCGCACGAUUACGACCCCCAGCAGUUCUACCCGCAGCGGCCUAUCCAACCACCCCAGGACUACGCGCAUAAUUCCCAAUACGACGUGUCGCAGAUCCCCCGAUCCUAUUCGACUCAAUGGUCAGAUCAGAACAAUGUUCCUCCUGUUGCUGCUGCUGCUGCUGCUGCUGCUGCUGCUGCCGCUCCGCCGGGAUAUGAUUCGGGGCGACUGGGUCCGCAUUAUGAGCCUGUAGCGGCUGUGCGGCAGGGGAGUAAUGCUGAGUAUUACAAUCAAUCCGCAACCGAACAAACCCUCCCUGUCCCUCCGCUCCCGCAACCCGAUACCGAAAUCAGCAACAACCCCGCAGACUCAGAUCCCACGGCCGAAGGCGACCGCAGUCUCGGCGGCACACUCCUCGGCGGCGCAACAGGAUACUACCUGGGCCAUCAGCGCGACCAUGGCUUCCUGGGCGCGGUGGGCGGUGCCCUGCUGGGGAAUUUCGUCGGCGACAAGUUGAAGGCGAGGAAGGCGGGGAAAGUCAUUAUAGUCGGAGGACGUAUCGCGAGCAUGAGCAUGGGCAUGGGCAUGGGCAUGGACACCAUCACCAUCGUCAUCACCAUCACCAUCAUCAUGAUGGGCAUCGGAGCCGUCCUCCCGCAACACUGUGAGCCGACAUCGCCCUUCCUAGCCGCCAUAUCCUCCUACCUCCACAUCUGCCUCCCCACGCCGUUAGCCUUGAUAUCGUCCAUCUUGGGCACGCUCAGCAUUGUCUCGUGGCUCUUCGCACAACUUCCCCAAAUAUACAAGAACUUCCAACUACAGUCUACAUCCGGCUUGUCCCUGUUCUUCCUUGUGGAGUGGUGUUUGGGUGAUCUGAGCAAUCUUCUGGGGGCUCUGCUGACCCGGCAAGCCGGCUGGCAGGUGAUCGUGGCUGGCUAUUACGUAUGCGUCGACGUGACCCUCGUCUUCCAGUACUACUGGUAUACACACUACAAGGGAGGACAAGACAGCUACGGCGGCUUCCCUUCCUCCCACUACGAUCACCCUCCGGGAAGUGUCUUGGAAGGCAUCUCAUUCCCCGAGAAUGACUCAUCCAGCCAUGGCGCCCCCUCUGCACACUCUCCACGUCCCUCAAAGCCCAAGGAUGUGAAGGAUAUCCAGGAUAUCAAGGAACCUAUGGGAACUCCGUCCAGCAGUCAAUCGCGGUCAUACUCCAACGAGAAAUUCAGCACCUCCAAGCGCUCCGUCAAUCGAACCGGCAGUGGACUCAAUCUCCCCAUGGGCUCACCCCGUACGCUUCUUCUGGCAUCUAUGCUCUGCGCUGUCGUAGCGAACGCCUCCCCAACAGAGCAACACGCCACGUCCGAUGCUCCCAAAGAGACCCUCGAGAUCCUCGGCCGGAUCAUCUCCUGGAUGUCGACCUUCCUCUACCUUGGCUCGCGCCCGCCCCAACUGUACAAGAACUACUGCCGCAAGAGCACGUCUGGUCUCUCCCCGUUACUAUUCAUGGCUGCCUUCUGCGGUAACUUCUUCUAUUCCACCUCCCUCCUGACCAACCCGAACGCCUGGUACGACUUCGGUCCUUACGGAGGUGGUGGCUGGGCCGACGCAGACGGCAACGACCGCCUCCAAUGGGUCUCUCUCGCCACUCCCUUCUUCCUGGGAGCUUUCGGGGUUCUCGCCUUCGACGGCUUGAUGGGCGUGCAGUUCCUCAUGUACGGGUCCCGGGACGACGAGUCCAUCAUGGAGGUCGAAGACCCCAAAGACGGACGAAACCACUGGACCCGGGUUCGCGGCUGGAUGAGGGGCUGGAUCCCCUCUGUAUCCCCCGAGCGAGGAUAUCUCUCCGACCCCACCACCGUCCCACCCCAGGAGAACCAAUCUCUCCUGCACUCCGAGCGUGAGAGAUACGGUACAGUUUGA